AUGGUUUUGAUAUCCGCCACACUCCUCCUCCUCAUUCUCCAUGUCCAGGUGUUUACUUUCGGUCUUGGUAAAGAGCACUCUGCGAGCGGGAAAUCAAAACUCAAACUGAAGGACUCUCAAACUGUACCCACGCCUCCUGGAGAAGCCCAGCAAGCGGCAGUACCUCUGCAGCUGGUAGCACCUCCAAGCGGUCAAAGACCCCCGAGUGCAUUCGAUCAGGACGAAGCUGGGAACAACUUGGUCGACCUGAUGUCUAAGCUUAAUGCGAACUUGGAGGGAAUCACCAAUUACGGAAGUGAUAUAUCCGACAUUCAGGACGGGGCUUCUAGAGUAAUCCGCUUGCUCCCACAAGUCAACACCAUAAGGACUGCUGUUUUAGCUACUGUUCCUAGCCCCAACGCAGGUCAGCUCAACAGCGACAAUCAAUUCGCUGGUGAGGCUGCUGAGCGAUUAGCGCUAUCAAUGACAGAGAUUUUAAACAAUCCUUUCGAUGCAAACAUAAUUCGAAAGGAGUACCCACAUAUUCGCGAAAGCUUCAGGAUAAUUGCCGGUGUUUUUGGGGAGCUCGCCGCCACAGCCAAUCCGCAGGCCGCCGCCGGGAACGCACGAGUUCAAGGACUAGUGCCCGGGGGGGACACUGCUACGGACAUUUCCGCAAACCAGCCGGGUUUGAUUUCUGCGAAGGGACUGCUGCCAUCGAAGGGACUAUUAACGUCGAAGGGACUGCUAACAUCUAAAGCCUUGAAAGAAAAUUUCGCCGAAAGGAAAACCGCCAAGCUGACGGAAAAGGCGGAGCGACAAAAUACUGAAGGGGGAAGAGCAAAAAACAGGGUCUCGCAAGAAUCCUUUGAAAGGAAACGAAUCGACCUCAAAGAAAAGGUGGAAAGAUUAAUUCCUGAGGAAGGGAAGUCAAAAGAUAGAGGUUCAAAAGAAUCUUUCAACCAGAAGGAGAAAAUGAACCUGAAGGAGAAAACCACAAAACCCACAUCCGAGGAGGGACGGAAAAAUGAUAAGCCCUUGGUACAAGCAGCCAAGCAAUUUGGAGAAAAUUCCACAGCAGACUCACCGGCCAGGCAACAUACCGAAGGUCCGACCAUGAAAGAUCGGUUAAGGCAGUUAAGCGUGACAAAACCAGCACCGAAACCGAUCUCAAAGGCGUGA